AUGAGUGCCGUUACUGCGAACAAUGAAGAGGCGGACCGGGUGCUCCGCCAAAAGCGCCAGGCGCGAGGGCCCUCUGCUUGUUAUCCGUGCAAGAAACGCAAAGUCAGGUGUGACGGAAGCGUGCCCUGCCAGACCUGUCGAAAGCGACAGCACCCACAGAUCUGCACGUAUCAUCUCUCCAUGCACCCGCAGCGUGCGUCGGUGGCGGCACCGGUUCAAGAUGAGACUGCUCGCUCGGCCUUGCCUGUCUGUCCGGGAGAAGCGGGGAAGGUGAGUUGUGAGCCGUCAUCUCUACCUGAUGAGGCGUCCAAAAACUACGUGUACUCUGGAGACAAUUCCUUCGUCUCUAUUUUGGGAUCGAGGGCGUCCGGGGCCAACGACUCGGUGGCUGGUGAGCUUACUUCGGUCCUGGGUCUCCAGAACACUUUCAACAUAUAUCCGUUUAUGGAUUCCAAAACGCCCCAUGAUAGAUGGAAGUUGUUGCUGGCUGUGCUACCACAGAGAGCAGAAGUCUUGAAAUUCUUUCACUGCUAUCGGGCUACAGCAUAUCCAUUCAACCCAAUCAUAGUAGAUAUUGACCAAUUUGAGUCAGAAUUAUGCACAUAUCUAAGUACUCACGCUGCUGGCGAAUUACAUGACCCAGGCAAGAUCUCUGACCGCUGGGCCACCAACAAGUCCAUUGGCUAUAUAAGUCUUUUGCUGGCCACUUUAGCGGCAGGAUCACAUUAUUCGGAUGUCGAAUAUCCCCACCGCCAGGAGCUCUCUAUAGACUUUGCCAACUUCCUCUUCCGACCAUCGCUAGACACCAUUCAAGCCCUUCUCAUCUUGGGGAAUACCUUGCAAAAUAUGGGUCAAUCCGAUUCCGCCUGGGCAAUGCUCGGCACAACGGUUCGGCUGGCCCAAGCGAUGGGGCUGCACGCCCAACGAAACACAGUUCGCUGGCCCGAGUGCAUUAGGACAAGGGCAAGGGCGCUCUGGUCGACAAUUGUGUGGCAGGAUAGCCUCCUCUCUCUUUGCUAUGACCGCCCGCCGAUCGUGUCAGUAACUGAAUGGCCACUGGACGAUUCCUUCUUUCAACGACAAAAUCUGUCGUACACGGAAAUUAUGCAUUUUAUCUGUCGACUGAAUCUCGACAUAAUGCGGCCUGAAACUCUUGCCGUUGCAGAGGUCAACCGAGCCAUCGAAGGCUUGCAACAGUUUGAUGGUGUUUACCAACGGGGCCAGCCUUAUCUUCGGGCCUGGGAAAACUGCACGACGAUCCAGCAGCAUCUCGAGCACCUCGCAUUAAGAAUGCAUUCGUCCUUCUUCAUUUCCGUCCUGUGCCGCCCAGCUAUAAAGACAUCGCCGGCACAACCACCGCUUCCGCACACCGACAUUCUUCGUACUCGUGCCAAGGCGAGCUUGAUAGAUGCGUCGAAAGCAUUCCUGGACUUCCAGGCCCUAAGCGUUAUCCCACUACGAAGCUGGUCAAUGGUUCACACUGUUCUGAGCUCGACCUUGCUACUUUGCGCCUGGGAAGAGACCCGUAACGAUCCCGAAUGCCGUGGCCUACAACAAAGAGUAAUCGACGUCUUCUCGUUAUCAGACUCUACCGCCGGCGAUGGUGCUUUGUUGUCAGACAAUAACCGGGAAUGGCUGUCUGCUCGCCACAUUCGGGCUUUGGUUAAGCUGCGAAAUGCAUUGGACCAAGAAGAAGGUAUUAGCACCACGGGUAAUGAGAACUGGGCUGGACUCGGAGCCAACGCUAUAUCUCCCCUUGGGACUGUACCUGAUGGAUAUUUGGAUAUGCUGGAUCCUGCAGCCAUAUCGCCCGUCGCCUAUCUCAACUCAGUGCUUAAUGUUUCUCUCUUUGACUUUUCUUAG